UCUGUAAUUUCUUUUCUUGUGUAUCACGUUAUGCUUUCAAGAAAUUUAAAGUUGUAUUAGCUACCAAUUCUCUUUUUCUAACUCUAGAGACCAAAACCCACUGAUGGCUGCUGAGAACUCUGCAAAGAUGACAGAGCUCAUUUUCAUAGGCUUGAAGUACCACCCUCGGCAGCAAGUCUUCCUUUUCUUGCUCUUCCUACUCUUUUACCUCGUUACUGUGACAGGAAACUUGGGCAUGAUUAUCCUCAUCCGGCUCGAUUCCCGCCUCCACACACCGAUGUACGUCUUUCUCAGUCACCUGUCCUUUGUGGACACCUGCUUCUCGUCAGUGGUGGGCCCCAAGAUGCUCGCCGACUUCUUCGCUGAGCGGAAAGCCAUCUCCUUCCUGGGCUGUGCCUUGCAGCAGUGGUUCUCUGGGUUCUUUGUGGCCAUCGAGUGCCUUCUCCUGGCGUCCAUGGCCUAUGACCGCUACGUGGCCAUCUGUAACCCGCUGCUGUGUUCCGUUACCAUGUCCCAGAGGCUCUGCAUCCAGCUGGUGGCGGGACCCUACGCUGCGGGUUUUCUGAACACCAUGACUCACACAACAGCUGCUUUUCGUCUUCCCUUUUGUCGCUCCCACGUAAUCAAUCAUUUCUUCUGUGACUUGUCCCCUCUGCUUUCUCUCCUGUGUGCGGACACCCGGAUCAAUAAGUUGUUAGUUUUCAUUGUGGCUGGAGCUGUCCUCGUGGUCAGUAGCCUGACCAUUGUCAUCUCCUAUUUUUACAUCCUCCUUGCCAUCCUGAGGGUCCGCUCUGCUGCUGGGAGGCGCAAAGCCUUCUCCAUGUGCUCUUCCCAUCUCAUGGCCAUUUCCAUUUUGUACGGGGCUCUCUUCUCUAUCUAUGUGAGGCCGGGGGCAGUUUUCUCUCUGGACCUCGAUAAAGUGGUGUCCAUAUUCUACACAGCAGUCAUCCCCAUGUUGAAUCCUCUCAUCUACAGCUUGAGAAAUAAAGAAGUGAAAGCUGCCAUGUGUAGGACCAUCACCAGAAGGAAGUUUUGCAUCAGAAGAUAGACUUCCAUCUAAAAUACAGAAGAGAGAAGAGAAAAGCUUCUUUUCAGACAUGGCUAGAUUACCUGUCAUCAUCCAAAGGGGUCAAAGAAUUUGCAGAAUUUAGUGGGAUGUCAUACUUCCAUUCUUCUCUAUGAUUUUUAUUUUGGUAACUUUUAAAAGCUCCAUUUCAUUAUGUCCCUACAAAUGAUAAAAAUCCCCAGUCACCCAUGGACUCAGAGCACUUCUGCUUCCUCAGACACCUUCAUUACUGGAAAUAGGAUAAAAUCUAAAACUGUGGGGACCACCUAGCUACUAACAUUCUUGCACUAGUUGGACCAAUGUAAAUGUCCACAUUGGGUGAGAGUUUUUGAAACAGCAUGUAUGUUCCCUAUUUCUAAAUAUGGAAUUGAAAAGAGUAAACAGAGUAGUUACUUAGCUUACAAAUGAUUUUUUAACUAAAUGA